AUGGAUAAGACCAACAGCGGCUUGCAGCUGUGGGCGUCACACUCCCAGCUCGCCCUGGCCGCAAAUUAUGAGAUGAGCAAUGGCUCGAACCUAACGCGGCCGGGGGGCGUGGCUUGUCCGCUGGGCUUCUUCCCCUGUGGAAACCUCAGCCUCUGUCUGCCCCAGCUGCUACACUGCAACGGCCUGGACGACUGUGGCAACCAGGCGGACGAGGAGAACUGUGGAGACAACAAUGGAUGGCCACAUCUCUUCGACAGCUACUUCGGGAUGCCCAACUCCGACCCCGGGACCAGAACCACCACCUGCCUGCUAGGAGGAGUCCCAGAGUCAUGUCAGUGUCGGGGCCUGGAGGUGGACUGUGAUGGGGGCGGACUGCAGAGCGUUCCCUCCGUCGCUGUCAACGUCACCAUGAUGUCUCUCCAGAGGAACCAGUUGGGGAAUCUGAACGGACGCGUCUUCUAUCAGUACCAGAGCCUCCACCGGCUGUAUCUGCAGCACAACGGUAUAGCAGCGGUCGACCCCGAUGCGUUCAGAGGACUCUACAACCUGACACGGCUGUACCUCAGCUUCAACCAGAUCGCCGUUCUGCUCCCCAGGGUCUUCCAGGAUCUGCACAGGCUGGAGUGGUUAAUCCUGGAGAAUAACAAGAUCCAACAGAUCUCCUCCCUCACCUUCACCGGACUGAACUCCCUGGUCCUGCUUGUUCUGCUGAACAACUCUCUGACCCGACUGGAGAACGUCUGCAAAGAAAUGCCUCGACUCAACUGGCUAGACCUGGAGGGAAAUGAGAUCCAGACUAUUGGAAACACCUCCUUCUCCUCCUGCAGCCGGCUGACCGUCCUGGUUCUCCAGAGGAACAGGAUCAGUGUGAUCCAGGACCAGGCCUUCUCCGUGCUCCGCCUGCUAGGAGAGCUGGAUCUGUCCAACAACCGGCUGGCCUCCCUCCCUCCUCGUCUCUUCUCCUUCCUGGGGGAUCUUCUCCAACUGAACGUAUCGCAUAACCCUAUCUUCCAGCUCCAGGUGGAUCACUUCGCUGAGCUCCACAAGCUCAAGUCUCUGAGUCUGGAAGGUCUGGAGAUCCCCAACAUCCACCGCAGGAUGUUUGAGCCGCUGCCCCACCUCACCCACAUCUACUUCAAGCGGUUCCAGUACUGCGGCUACGCACCCCACGUCCGCAGCUGUAAGCCCAACACCGACGGCAUCUCGUCGCUGGAGGACCUGCUUGCCAACGUGAUGCUGAGGGUCUUCGUCUGGGUGGUCUCCGCCGCCACCUGCUGUGGGAACCUCUUCGUCAUCUGCAUGCGCUCCUACAUCCGCUCGGAGAACAAGCUGCACGCCAUGUGCAUCAUCUCCCUUUGCUGUGCUGACGGGCUGAUGGGCGUGUACCUCUUCAUGAUCGGGGCGUACGACCUGAAGUUCCGGGGCGAGUACAACCGGCACGCCGUGGCCUGGAUGGACAGCGCGGCCUGCCAGGUGGUGGGGGCACUGGCCAUGCUGAGCACCGAGGUGUCGGUGCUGCUGCUCACCUACCUGACCCUGGAGAAGUACAUCUGCAUCGUGUACCCCUUCCAGUACGUGACCCCGGGCUGGCGCCGCACCGUCAGCAUCUUGCUGGCCGUCUGGGCCCUGGGCCUCCUCAUCGCCUUCCUGCCCCUCGCCGGCAACCGGCUGUUCAGGAACUUCUACGGCACCAACGGGGUCUGCUUCCCCCUGCACUCGGAGCGGCCGGAGACGCCCUGGGCCCACGUCUACUCCAUCGUCAUCUUCCUGGGUCUGAACCUACUGGCCUUCCUGAUCAUCGUGCUGUCCUACGCCAGCAUGUUCUACAACAUCCAGACGACGGGCACGCAGACGCCGCUAUACACCAACCACCUCCGCAACGAGCUCAGCAUCGCACGGCGCUUCUUCAGCAUCGUCAUCACCGACUCCCUCUGCUGGAUCCCCAUCUUCAUCCUCAAGGUGCUGUCCCUGCUGCAGGUCGACAUCCCAGGUACUAUCUGCUCCUGGGUUGUGAUCUUCAUCCUGCCCAUCAACAGUGCUCUGAACCCCAUCCUCUACACCCUGACCACACGGCCCUUCAAGGAGACACUGGUCCGCGUCUGGUCCAACUACCGGCAGCAGAGGCCCCUGCUGGGAGCCCCGUCGGCCCACCACCCCUCCCUGACCUGGCAGGAGAUGUGGCCGCUGCAGGAGAACAGCCCUCCCCCCCCCACGCCCCCGGAGGUCCAGACUUACCCCCCCGAGAAGGUCAGCUUCAGCCCCCCCCGCCCCCUCCACCGGGACUCCCCAGAGAAGGUCCACCUACCGCCCCAGGACCCGGUCCAGGUCUCCCCUCCCUAUGAGGUCCACCUCGACCUCCAGCAGAACCUCCAGAUCCUUCAUCCAAACCAGAUCCAGACGACCCCCCCAGGGAACCACUCCCUACUCCUAGACUCCACCUAG